CACCCAACCAAAGUCGAUGCUCAUCUGUCGUUGAGGCUACUGGUAGUCGAAGGGACAUUUUCCGUUUACUUUCUUUCUUCACGUUUUUCUAUUUUAUUUUCCCUUUCCUAUACGACCGCGGGCUCGGUUUAUUGCUCGUAUCCUUUCUUUUUAAUCUUCGACAAUGGGCAAGUUAAUCAAGAACCACUGGGCGCGCCUAGUCAUCCUCACGGCUGCUGCGUAUCAAAUAGGAGCUGCACUUGAAUGCUUCUUCUGGCCCAAGAUCUUCUGGGAUUUCCUCACCAAGAACCUCGAUGGCGCUGUCAAACCUGUGCCCGUACUACAAAUCAUCAACAUCAUCCUCGGCUUCAUCGGUCUCGCUUGGGAAUGGCCAUUACCGCUGCUCGCAGGCACCGGACUACAUCGUUCAAUCGAAGCCCGCCUGAUUAUCUACCCACUGAGUGCACUAUGUGCCCUUCUGAUUUACCAAGGCACCAACUCGGGACUCUACUACAUCAUCGGCAUGGGAGCGUACUUCUGGGCAUUUAGCGAGGGCGAGGUUGUUUGUCCCGAGCCAUGGACUCUACCCAAGCGCGGCUCCACAGCACGCAAGAUGACCGCGUAGUUCGGCCACUGUAGCAACAAAG